AGUGUCCCGUAGCAAAUUACCAUAAAAUUUUAAUGUGUCCCAGCAAAGUCAUAAUUUUUUAGUGGCCUGGAGCAAAAGACACCUUUUAACAGUGUCCAGCGGCCAAUUUUCCCAAAAGUUUUCUACAGUACUCGUCACAUCGAAUUUUGAACACAUGCAUGAAGUAUUAAAUGCAGUUGAAAUAAAUAACUAAUUACACAGUAUAGUUGGUUAGGGCGAGAUGAAUCUUUUAAGCCUAAUUAGUUCAUGAUUGGACAUUAAUUAUCAAAUAACAACGAAAUAUACUACAAUACCAAAAUCCAAACUUUUCGCGAACUAAACACAGCCUUAGUAUUUCUUUUAGCAGGUAGGUCUUGACGAAAGAAAGCAGAAACUGAGCUGUGGCGUCAUGAUUCAUGCAGCACACCAUGGGAGUACUCUGCGCUGUUGAUACCAUUUUGUUUUUUUUCCAUGAGCAUCUUUGACAAACUUAAACUAACUGCGAUUUGUACUUCAUCCUUCUCUAAUGUACUACUGAUGAUUCGCCAACGGCCAGAUAGCACUUCUUCUCCACCAUCAGACAGAUUUGUCUGGUCCAUAUUUUCGCUCUGGUCGCUCUGGUUCUUGUGAACACUAUUGAUACUGCCUUGGAAUCCAUAUAGCUUUCACUGCCCCUUUAGAUGGAGUCAGUUAACCAAGAAAUAUAAGAAGCCGACAUAUAAAAUAUCAUGUGGAGUGACAGCCACACUAUAUAUACACACAAGCUCUCAUGGUCUAUAUGCUCACCAAAGCAUUGUUAAGAAGAUUCAUUAACAGAAAUGGAAGCCGAGUGCACAUCCUACUGGCGCUCUGUCGAUGCGAUCUCUGAGGAGUCGGAGAUGAUUGAGCACCUGCAGUCAUUGUUAUGGAGCAGCAAUGAUGUCAAUCUGGUCCCCGGGCUCUGUUCUUCCAAUGUUCCUUACAGUUUGCCUGGAGGCUCUCCCUUUUGUAUCAACGACAAUGAGAACAGUGCAUUGGUGAGGAGUCCACCCUAUGUAGAUGUAGAAACUCUCGCUUCAACACAUGGGGAAAAGGUAGGCAGCAAGAGGAAAGGUGAGACACAUAAGGAGAACCAUGGCGUGAAAGGACACGCUGCUCCCUUGGAACCGGGAGGUUGCAAGAAAUCCAAAGCCAGCUCACAGAGUUGCUACGCAAAGAUGAGGAGGGAGAGGAUUAAUUCAAGGUUGAGGAUACUUCAAGAGCUGAUUCCUAAUGGCAAGAAAGUGGACAUCAGUACAAUGUUGGACGAAGCAGUUCAGUAUGUAAAGUUUCUUCAUAUGCAAAUCAAGGGUCCUUAUUUCCUUCUUGAUUUUGUUGAUGCACAGUUGUUGAGUUCGGAUGAGUUGUGGAUGUAUUCACCCCUUGCCUAUGACAGCGUCAACAUGGGGAUGCACCUGAACUCCUCGUCAGUACAAGAAUGACAUUAUUCACUGAAAAUGUCUUUUAUUCAGAAAUAUGUUCCAUCUUAGCAUUCAUGCUUUGUUCCCAAAUAAAUAUAACACAUGCUGUUGUACGGUUUUAACAUAUUUUUUCAUUAUGUAACACCCCCUCAUGUAAAAUAUAAAUGCCUGUACUGUAUUUCCAGAAAAAGUUUUUGUACUGA